GGAGCCCACACGCUCCACAUGCUCGGCGAGAUAUGAGCGGCAGUUAGAUGCACUUGGAUUACCGGCUGCUGAACUGAAACAUCGUCUCCGCUCAUAAAAAUAUGUAAAACAGUGACGUUUCUGAUUACACGUCUUUUUAACGAGUGGAUAUUCUCCUCAGUCGGAGAUAAAACAGAAGAUGCAAUGAAAGCAUCACUUAUUAUAGUCCCUGACGAUGGAAUUCAGAAGCCCAGUGUGAGAAAGUGAAGUACGCGCAGGAUUUACAUUCUCCUCCAUAUAACGAUAAAGUCAGUAUCUGAGAGCAUGGGUUGGCAAGAGACCCUAUGGCUUUUGACAUCAUUUAUCUUGAAUGCAACAAAGGCUGGAACAACAGAGACGAAAGCAGAGCCCACCGCUGACUUAUCCCUUACUCCUGUCAUGAUGGCAAUGGAGGGAGAGAGGCUGAUCAUGACUGAGUCUCAGUACAAAUGUCUGGAGCUUCUGAGCCGAGAUGGAUCCCAUAAUAAAACAGGUUCGUUCUGCAGCAGAUUCUGGGAUGGCUUGCUCUGUUGGGAUGAAACCCCUGCUGGAACCUUUGCUUCACAGAACUGCCCAGACUACCCCAGUUUUGACCCCUUGGAAAAAGUAACCAAAUACUGUGAUGAAUCUGGCAACUGGGUACACAGUUCAUCCAUCAAUAAGACCUGGUCCCACUGUCUCACAUUCUCAGAGAAAAUAAAGACGUUACCAGUUCAUGGGUUUUUAGAGACGGAGACGGAGCUUGAUCCUACCGCUGAGAGUCAGGUCAGCCCCAUAGUGACUCAGAAAGCGGAGGAGAGGAAGAAGAUCAUCGAUGGUCAAUAUAAAUGCUUUGAGAAAAUGAACAGAGACCAGCCAUAUAACAAAUCAGGUCCAUACUGCAACCGCACAUGGGAUGGCUGGCUAUGCUGGGACGACACGCCAGCAGGAACAUACACAUCUCAAAACUGUCCCAAUUACUUCCCUGACUUUGACUCUACUGAAAAGGUCACCAAGUAUUGUGAUGAGACAGGAAACUGGUUUAGGCACCCUGAGACAAACAGGACAUGGUCCAACUACACCCUCUGCAUUGCUCACACCAAGGACAAGCUCAAGAUGGCAUAUAUUUUGUAUUACAUGGCGAUUGUGGGUCAUGCUCUUUCUAUAGUGUCCCUUCUCAUCUCGCUGGCCAUUUUCUUUUAUUUCAGGAGUCUGAGCUGUCAGAGAAUCACUCUACACAAGAACCUGUUCUGCUCGUAUGUGCUCAACUCAGCCUUCACCCUCGUCAACCUCAUAACUGUGGUCAACAACCCCAAAGUGGUGCAGAGGAAUCCGGUUCGUUCUGCAGCAGAUUCUGGGAUGGCUUGCUCUGUUGGGAUGAAACCCCUGCUGGAACCUUUGCUUCACAGAACUGCCCAGACUACCCCAGUUUUGACCCCUUGGACGUUACCAGUUCAUGGGUUUUUAGAGACGGAGACGGAGCUUGAUCCUACCGCUGAGAGUCAGGUCAGCCCCGUAGUGACUCAGAAAGUGGAGGAGCGGAAGAAGAUCAUCGAUGGUCAAUAUAAAUGCUUUGAGAAAAUGAAUAGAGACCAGCCAUAUAACAAAUCAGGUCCAUACUGCAACCGCACAUGGGAUGGCUGGCUAUGCUGGGACGACACGCCAGCAGGAACAUACACAUCUCAAAACUGUCCCAAUUACUUCCCUGACUUUGACUCUACUGAAAAGGUCACCAAGUAUUGUGAUGAGACAGGAAACUGGUUCAGGCACCCUGAGACAAACAGGACAUGGUCCAACUACACCCUCUGCAUUGCUCACACCAAGGACAAGCUCAAGAUGGCGUAUAUUUUGUAUUACAUGGCGAUUGUGGGCCAUGCUCUUUCUAUAGUGUCCCUUCUCAUUUCGCUGGCCAUUUUCUUUUAUUUCAGGAGUCUGAGCUGUCAGAGAAUCACUCUACACAAGAACCUGUUCUGCUCGUAUGUGCUCAACUCAGCCUUCACCCUCGUCAACCUCAUAACUGUGGUCAACAACCCCAAAGUGGUGCAGAGGAAUCCGAUUGGCUGCAAGGUGCUUCACUUCUUCCACAUGUACAUGCUGGGAUGUAACUAUUUCUGGAUGCUCUGUGAGGGGAUUUACCUGCACACGCUGAUUGUGGUGGCCGUAUUUGCCGAGGAGCAGCAUCUGCACUGGUAUUAUCUUCUGGGCUGGGGAUUCCCCUUGGUGCCUGCAUCCAUCCAUGCUGUGGCGAGGAAGAAAUACUUUGAUGACAACUGCUGGAUGAGUGUGGAGACACAUCUGCUCUAUGUGGUUCACGGCCCCAUCAUGGCAGCUUUAUUAGUCAAUUUAUUCUUUUUGCUGAACAUAGUACGGGUUUUGGUGACCAAACUGAGAGAUACGCAUCGAGCUGAGUCCAACAUGUAUAUGAAGGCAGUGAGGGCCACCCUCAUUCUGGUGCCCUUAUUGGGCAUUCAGUUCGUCAUCUUCCCUUGGCGGCCAGAGAACCGCUUGGCAGGAGAGAUAUACGAUUACAUCAUGCACAUAUUAAUGCAUUACCAGGGAUUGCUGGUGGCAACCAUAUUCUGCUUUUUCAAUGGAGAGGUCCAGGGAGCUCUGAAAAGGCAGUGGAUGCAAUACAAGGCCCAGUGGGGUCAGCGACGACGCGAGCACUGCUCCAUGAGAUCCACCUCCUACACCGCCACCUCCAUCACUGAGGUGCCCGCCUUCAUGUACCAUCAUGACUGCAACAGUGAACACUUGAAUGGUAAACAAACAGAAGACUCAGAGCUAGUGGCCCUCAAGACGGGCGAGACAUACGCAUAACCAUUUGGCGAGAAAGAUAAUACUGGGAAAGAAAGUGAUUCAGUCAAACUGGAGACUGGAGACUCAGAUUGACUGAACGUUCGCAAACUCCCCAUCUCAGACAGCACUUAAGCGUUGACACCAGAACAUUCAAAGCCUUGUGUUGGCAAAGCCGUUUCUGUUGA